AAACAUGUUUUAAAGGAUGAGCAAGGGGCACGUAUUAACUAUUUCUCCCGCCACGCAGCGGCCUGUUUUAUGAUUACCUUACUUUUAUUGUACACGUGGCAAACUCCCACAAGAAACUUGCAAUAAAGCAAGAUAGAGGCCCCUCUGCUCCUGCUCCUGCCCCUGCUCCGCUUCUCAACUGAGUCUGCAAUUUUCAGUUCAGAGCUUGUUCUGCCUGCUUCCUGCAAGGUUUGGGAGCAGAAGAAAGAGGAGCUAGACUAGGGUUUUGUUUUCGAAGUGCAUGGAGAUGAAUCUAUAAGGAAAUUUUUUGAAAUCAUAGAUAAUAAAUUAAGAGUAUGCAGGCGCAGGUUUAUUGUGCACCAACUAUUUCAAGAGGGAAGCCACCCUUGUUGGCCUUGGCGGAUUCGGUACCAUGCUGCCCUACUAUUUCCUGCAGACCAAUCUCAUCCUCAUGGAGAUGUAGAGAAAUUACUAGGCUGAGUUCUCUUUGUGGCACAAUCAGAGCCCAAGAGUCAAACUUCAGUAUUGGAUCUGGGAAUUAUGAAGAGAGGAAUGAAAAUGAGAACAAAGAGGUCUACAUCAAUGGUCCAACCAGUAAAAGUUCAUUUCAUCUUGAGAAGCCUCCCAAUCAGAUUCCUUAUCCUCUGUCUGUAGCCACUGUUCUAUUUGGAUGUGCUUUAGUAUAUUCAUUGAUUGCUUUUGGGAAAGGAAGACCUUCAUUGCUCUUAGCAGCUAUUGCAAAGUCAGGCUUUACUGCUGCAUUCACGCUGAUAUUUGUUUCUGAAAUUGGGGACAAGACAUUUUUCAUUGCUGCACUCUUGGCCAUGCAAUAUAAGAAAGGACUGGUUCUGUUGGGGUCAAUGGGUGCUCUCUCCCUAAUGACAGUCCUGUCAGUUGUCAUAGGGCGGAUAUUUCAUUCAGUUCCUGCACAAUUUCAGACAACCUUGCCAAUUGGAGAAUAUGCCGCAGUAAUUCUGUUAAUGUUCUUCGGCCUCAAAUCAAUAAAGGAUGCAUGGGACCUUCCAUCAAAUGUAGUAAAGAGUGGCAACAACACAAGCUCAGAACUUGAUGAAUUUGUUGAAGCUGAGGAACUUGUGAAGGAAAAGGUGUCAAAACAGCUCUCAAACCCACUUGAAAUUGUAUGGAAGUCAUUCAGCCUUGUAUUCUUUGCUGAAUGGGGAGACCGCUCAAUGCUUGCUACAAUUGCUCUUGGUGCUGCACAGUCACCAUGGGGUGUAGCCAGCGGAGCCAUUGCUGGACACCUUCUUGCAACAUCUAUUGCAAUUCUGGGAGGAGCGUUUCUUGCAAACUACAUUUCUGAAAAAAUCGUUGGCUACUUGGGUGGUGGACUGUUUCUAGUGUUUGCUGUUGCAACAUUUUUCGGGGUUUUCUGAUAACACCUAAAACCGAAAGAUAGGGGAUUCAUUACAUGAUUCUGUGCCCAGAGACCAUGCAAGAAUUGAUUGCUAGAGAGAGAGCUCUUGGUAAAAGGUGCAUUCAUGGAAGGUUUAUACAUUCUUUUGGCCUGCAGGCGUUUCCAAGUUAUGAAUUGAUUGCUAGAGAGAGAGCUCUUGGUAAAAGGUGCACUCAUGGAAGGUUUAUUCAUUCUCUUGGCCUGCAGGUGUUUCCAAGUUAUGCUUCUUGUAGUGACACGGCCAUGUAGAGGACUAUUUACAUUAGAAAAGUACGGCUGAAGUUAUGAGAUGAAUGUGUACAUCUUUAUCAAAUUCUAAAUUUAAGCUGUUGUGAUUGUUUUGAAUCUGGUUUUCACAAGUAAUCCCUAUAAACUUGACCGAAUGGCUUACGACAAUAUAUUCACAUAUUCUGAUUCUGAAACAAUAUCAUAAACUAGACAGAA